AAAAAAAAAAAAACAACACGUGCGUGUUGAGAGUCACACGGGAUCCCCCAUGGCUCCGCCCCGGGUUGAUGGCGUUUAAUUGGCUAAUCCAAGCAGGCGGAGGCGGAUUUCCUCGCCCGGACGCCAGACUGAAUAUUCCCGUCGGUCCCGCACGGAUUCCCCGGCUCCCCGCAGAAUCGCACGCAGAAUAUUCUCCAGCCAGGACCGCUUUAAAGGCCUUCCUUCCGGCGAGCUGCUAAAUUGUCGGCUUGUCCUCGUCACGAGCGCUUUCGCCAACCAGAGCCAUGGGGAACAGCAAAAGCGGCGCCGUGUCCAAGGAGAUCCUGGAGGACCUGAAACUCCACACCAAGUUCUCCGAGACGGAGAUCACCCAGUGGUACGACAACUUCAAGAGGCAGUGCCCGAGCGGUCGCCUGAGCAAAGAGGAGUUCCAGACCAUCUACAGCAAGUUCUUCCCAGACAGCGACGGCAACACGUACGCGCAGCACGUCUUCAGGUCCUUCGACAGCAACGACGACGGCACCCUGGACUUCAAGGAGUACAUCAUCGCCCUGCACAUGACCUCCACCGGGAAGACCACCAGGAAACUGGAGUGGGCCUUCUCGCUCUUCGACGUCGACAAGAACGGCUACAUCACCAAGUCGGAGGUCAAGGAAAUUUGCACGGCCAUUUUCAAGCUGAUUCCCAAAGACGAGGUGGCCAAACUUCCGGCCGAUGAGAACACCGCCGAAAAAAGGGCGGAAAAACUGUGGAAGUUCUUCGACAAGGGAGAAAACGAACGCGUGGCAGAGGGGGAGUUCAUCCAGGGCGUGCUGGACAACGACGAGGCCCUCCGCUUGAUCCAGUACCAGCCCCCCAAGUAACAGCCGGCCAUUGCUCUACGUCGUUGAUGUUGUUGUUGUUUUUAGUUUUUUU